GCAUAUGAACAUAAAUGCAUCGAACAACACAAGCCCAGAAGCAUUAUUUUUAAAAGCUCUGUGAAUGCUUGUAAUUAUUGUUCCUUAAAAACCAAUUAAUAUGAGACAUAAUCGUGCUUGCACUUCACAAGGCAGGUGAGUGGGGCCCUCUUCCUCCAAAGCUGUUGUUUUACUCUCUCAUUCUUCUCCCCCUUUAAAUAACAUGCAAAAAUUAGAGCGCAAAAGAUAAAGCUUUAUUUUUUCUUUCUUUUCUUUCUCCCUUUUUUUAUGCCUUAAUUUCCAUGAAAGUGGAGGUUUUAAAAUCCCACCUCUGAAAGCUCCUGCAACAUGCAUCACCAAACAAAUUUGUAAAUCUGUCUCUUCCCAAAAGCUCUGAGAAAAAUUCCCAAUUGGGUUUCAGUUUUUGGGGCUUCUGCUUCUCUCUCUAUGUUUCAUGUGAGCAUGUCAGCUAAGGCAAACGUCUAGAGAGAGAAAGCGUGAUGGAGUAGAGAGAGAGAGAGAGAGAGAGAGUGUGUGUAUUCUUUCAAAAACCAACCUUUCCAGCAUAACCCAGUUGCUAUAUAACCUUCUUUUUGCUUAACCUUCAUUAGAUUACACAAGCAGCUGUCAACAUCUUUGAGUAAUGCAUCAAGAGCCAGCAACCCAGAUCAAAUCAAGGCUGGAUAAUCAGAUUUUGAAGCAUUUCUGAGUUGGGUUUUUGUCUCUGAUCAAUUUGAGGUCAGCAAUUGUUUGUUUAAAUUCCCCAAAGAAAGUUUGGAAAAGUGAAUUGAGGUACUUGGUUUGAAAAAUGAGAGAUUUCCCAUCUUGUUUUGGUGAAAAUGGGGUUCAGGUUGCUGAUUCUUCAUCAUCAAAUAGUAGUAGGACUGCCCAGAAUUUGGUUACUUGUGUGUAUCAAUGCCGGUUACGAGGCCGGUCGUGCUUGAUUACUGUGACUUGGAGUAGGAAUUUGAUGGGUCAAGGCCUUAGUGUUGGGAUAGAUGAUUCAUCAAGUCAGUGUCUUUGUAAGGUUGAUAUUAAACCCUGGUUGUUCUCCAAGAGAAGAGGGUCCAAGAGUUUAGAAGCUUAUUCGAGUAAAAUCGAUAUAUAUUGGGACCUUUCAUCUGCAAAAUUUGGAUCCGGCCCUGAACCUUUGGAGGGAUAUUAUGUGGGAGUUGUGGUGGACAGGCAAAUGCUUCUCCUUCUUGGAGACAUGAGAAAAGAAGCUUUCAAAAAAACGAGUGUCACCCCUGUGCCUUCAAGUGCCGUUUGCGUUGCUAAGAGAGAGCAUAUUUUUGGUAAGAGGGGCUUCGCUACAAAGGCUCAGUUUUGCAAUGAUGGUCAAGUUCAUGAUCUUGUAAUUGAGUGUGACACUGUCGGGGUCAAUGAUCCAUGCCUCCUGGUGCGCGUUGACAGCAAGCCUGUGAUGCAGGUGAAGAGACUUCGGUGGAAGUUCCGAGGGAACCAUACCAUCUUGGUUGAUGGGCUUGCCGUUGAAGUUUUCUGGGAUGUUCACAAUUGGCUCUUUGGUACAUCACCUGGAAAUGCUGUUUUUAUGUUCAAGACAUGCCUCUCAGCUGAGAAGCUGUGGGCUAGUCAACCAGCCUCCGAUCCAAGCUCGUUGCAGUGGUCAUUUUCACAGAGAUUCUCAGAUAGUAAGUCACAAGGUCUAGGAUUCUCGCUGAUUUUGUAUGCUUGGAAGAAUGAAUAGAGGAAGUCAGAAGAAGUUCUCCAUUGAUUGCUAACAGAAAACCUCUAGUGAGUGAUGAUUUUCUCAGCUAUGUGAUUGAAUUACCGCAAAAAGAUGAUUAUAUAUGAUAUGAUCAUUUGUUAUAUAAUCAUUUGUUUUUUCUCAA